AUGGCUGGUACGUACCACCCCCACCGGGAGCUGGGAGAGGGCUGUGCCCCCCCGGUGCAGGAUGCAGGAGCAGCCAUGGCCGGCACCUCCCAUGGCGGUGACCUUGGAGACCCUCAGCCAGAUGGGGGCUCCCACCGACCCCGGGGGGGGGAGCGGGGCCAGCCCGAGAACGGCAGCGAGUGCCGGAGCGGGUACGUGCGGCACAACAGCUCCUGCCGCUCCGUCUGCGACCUCGUCCCCAGCUACUGCCACAACGGCGGCCAGUGCUACCUGGUGGAGAGCCACGGGGCCUUCUGCCGGUGCAACACGCAGGACUACACGUGGCACAAGGGCACGCGCUGCGAGGCCAUCGUCACCGACUUCCAGGUGAUGUGCGUGGCUGUGGGCUCGGCCGCCCUGGUGGUGCUGCUGCUCUUCAUGCUCACCGUCUUCUUCGCCAAGAAGCUCUACCUGCUCAAGACGGAGAACAGCAAACUGCGCAAGACCAAAUACCGCACCCCGUCCGAGCUGCACGACAACUUCUCCCUCUCCACCAUUGCCGAGGGCUCCCACCCAAACAGAGAAGCCAAGGGCUUUGCCGAGCGCGAGCCGGAGGAGGAGCGUAGAUACCGCACCCCGUCCGAGCUGCACGACAACUUCUCCCUCUCCACCAUUGCCGAGGGCUCCCACCCAAACGACGACCCCAGCGCCCCCCACAAGCUGCAGGACUCCCUCAAAUCCUGCCUGAAGGACGAGGAGCCCUUUAACAUCCACAACUCCACGUCGCCCAAGCACGAUGGCGGCAAAGGGGAGCAGGACGGGGGCGACCUCAACUGCCUGCAGAACAACCUGACAUGAGCCAGGAGGAGGAAGAGGAGGAGGAAGAAGAGGAGGCGAGAGCGGGAGCCUUCCCCAACCGCUGUACAAAUUUCCUGGCUCCUUCCCUGUGCCCGGUAUCUCAUUUUUUUAUUUUUUUUUAUUUUUUUUUCCCCGCUCCGUGGCAUGCUUUGGUGUGUUUUGUACAGAGGAAAAAAACAAAAAACAAAAACCCAAUUAAUUAAUAAUAAUAAUUAAUAAUAAUAAUACAAAGCCAAAGGCUGUAACUGGCCUUGGGCCGCGUCGUGUCGUGGGGGUGUUUGGUUCGUGCUCCGUGUCUAUCGCUUGGGUUAGUUCAGCGCUGUGAUUUCUAAACCUUUGCUGUUCCGCAACUGACUUUUUUUGUACUUUUACCCCACUUUUUUUGAAAUACGAGUGAAAACAACAAAAAAAAAAAUAAGGAAGAUCUUGAAAUAAAACUUACUUUUUUUUUUUUUU